CGCGGCCCAAGGUCCCCAAGACGGCCCAAGAGGCUUUAAAACGGCCCGAGAGGGCACCAAGAUGGCCCCAACGGCUCAAGCCGUUGUUGGCUCAAGUCGCGAUUGCAGUCUCUCGAGCCACAAGUUUUGCCAGCAUCAACCAGCACGCGCGAGGCACUGGCACCAAUGACAUCAAGUGACACCAACGCCCAAUCGCGCUACAGCGGCGCCCUAUUUCUCCUAGUUGCAGCUUAUGUGCUCUGCGUCAUAGCCGGCGCUGCCGGAGCUUACACUUGCGUCAACGACCAGGACUCCAUGGAAGAGUUUGUUUAUUGGUUGAUGGAGGUUGCUGCCUACUCGCCUGUUAGUUUGAUGGUGGCUUGGGUCUUGGCCAAUCAGCGCCGCUUCAAUUUCGAUCUGCCCCUUCACAAGUGGACUUGGCGAUAUGGCAUCACAAGCGCCCUAGUGGCUGGAACAGCUCCGUUUUUCCCGUGGCUCUUGUUGUGCCACCCUGGCUACCCCGAGCAAGUCGUACACACUGUCCACGGUAAUGGGUACUUUUUCGGCAAAGUCGUGUCUUGGUUUCUCCUGGAGCAUAAGCUCAGGGUACUCGGGAGUAAGCGGCUCGCGAAUCUUACUCGAGUCUACGCGAUCUGCAACGGAGUGCUUGUCCUUCCUACCACACUCAUACUCUUCAUGCCCGAGACGCUCUCUUUAUCGCCAUCGCAGAGCGACUUCCUCAUGAUGGCCAUGUGGUUCGUAACCUUUGUCACGGGCGGCAUGGCUUUCGGCAUCACUUUCGGUUUUCUGGCGUUGCGCGCCGCGCGCGGGCUUCGCUCUUCCAACAAGGCCAAGAAGAAUGCAGCAAAGUGGGUUGCUUUAACAGCAGUUGUUUUCAUGGGCUCGUUCACAAGCUUCGGCGUAAGCACUUACUCGGUCUGGGCGUGGGGCCCCGGCCCCGGCUGGGUGGCGGCCUUUUUCGUCGACACCACGCUCGAUUGCAUCAGCGUGGUGGUCUUCUCAGGUCUCGUCGGGCCACCUGGGCUCCGGCGCUUGGCGCGCGAAGCGUUUUCGGCAAUUAACACUUACGACGACGACCACCUGCAAUCGUUCUACGAAGGUUACUUGAAGUAUCUCGAUGAUGCGCAGAUCAAAUGGGUGCGGUGCGGCUUCUUGCGCCAGCUUGCCCAAAGUGGACGGUUGCUAAUGCGCUGUCAGGACGUCCCGGCUUCCGAGAAAAUCGUUGGCAGUGUUGGUUUUCCACGUUCUAGGACCGAUCGGAAGGGCCGAUUCGUGUGUUCACAUCCUUGGCUCUCCAAGUGGCAUCCAGACCCCGCUGGCGUGAAACUGCGCACACUUGUUGAACAGCUAGACAAGCUGAGCGCCUGCGACGACGAUGCCGUCUUCAUGGACUUCAUCAGCAUACCGCAACACGACUUCCAGAACCCCGAAUUGCGAUUGUUGGAUAGCCAAGGUAGCUGGCCCAUGCCAGGCACACACGCAGCCGUUCGCACUCUCGAAGAGGAAACCCUGUUCAGGAAGUCUCUCGGGUCGUUCGAGGUGAUGUACAGCGUUAGCAGCACGCCCGUGAUAGUCUUGCCAAUGAGCGAGUGUCUGGAUGAAGGCUCGUCGCCUUACAUCAACCGUGGUUGGUGCUAUUUUGAGUUUUGUUUGUCUUUGAGCUUCGAGAACAUCAUCAACGCCAACACCUUGCAGUCCGUUCGCAAGUUGUGCGACGACGUCAAUGCAGAGGAAGGCGACACAGUUCAGGGGUUCCGCGUAGCUUUUUCAAGCAAGGUGUUCACGGAGAGCGGUGAUAGGGAUUUUGUCAAGAGUUUGUUCGAGAACACCUUGGCGCGUAAGGUGAUCUAAAUCGGAUUACGAGUGUUGGCAGCGACGGUGCCGGCAGUGGCCGAUGCCCACACGACAGCAGACCUUUGCAUGGCAUCACCGAACGCGCCUGGGGGCAGAGCCUCCUACAUUCGAAAAUCAGGAAGACAUGCCUUGGUUCAUCUGGCUCGCAAGUCCAAUAAUCCUUGCGGACUUCCAACAUGCUGUUUUUGCUCGAGCCUCUGAGAUGCCCAGAUUAGUUUGUAGUGCAAGUUCGGGGGCAGGGACGUCACGAUGAGAAUGCGCCAGAUCGGACGCAGUGCCAGGCCCAUCGCAUACGGGACAGAUUUUCCAGUGCGGGACGUGCACGAUGAUUCGGCGACAGGCUUGGUUCCUGAGUGUACUUCUGGCGUGCCUGAUCCAUUUUGUGUGAGACCGUUUCUUUGCCUUUUUUAUAUAUUAUAUAUACAUAUGGGAGAUCCCGGGCCCCGGGCCCCGGGCCGGAACCUCCCUUGUAUAUAGGGUGCGGCCCUCUCCCGGGGCGCCCUUCCGGCGGCCCCCGCGCGUUCCAGCCCGCCCAAGAGGGCUCCAGGAGCGCCGAGAGAACCCCAGGAUCGCUUCAAGACCGCCCAUGAUCAGCCCUGACACACUUUUCACACAGGCACUCACACUGUCGCUCGUUUUGCUGGUCCCACGUUUCGAUUAUGUUGGCAAUGCUGCUUAUGGCGAGUGCACGUUUCGAUUAGGGUGAGCACGCGUUUCGAUUAUGGUAAGCAAUGUCGUCAUUCGGUUUUCACUUUUUAGGCAUGCCUAACAUAGCCAAUUUAGGAUUUCAGGCAUGCCUCUCUUACGCCCGCGUUGAGUCCGCAACCUCCAUUUAGGCUUCAAAGCCAACACUACAGCUUGCGAUGAUAUGCCCUUCCACUUAGUUCUCGCGCUUCCGAUGUGCUGCCCGGCCGUCCACAUAGCGCACAUGGUCGUCACGCGUGGCGUGUUGCCGCUUGUUUGAAUCGAUGGCAAGCGUGUGCGCGCUUUUGUUGUUUUUCCGUGACCACGCGUUCAGCCGCUUGCCGAUGGUGAACGGAGGAGUCGAGGGUGAGCAGUAGGGGGAGUGACAUAAGAAGCGGGAGCAGUCGGUCGGUCGAGUAGGCAAGGGUCGGCCAGCCAGCGGGGGCGCCGGGUUGCGUGCCAGUUUUUUUUUGCCGGCGCUUCACGCGCGAGUCAGGCGCGGCGUGCUGCUGCUUGUUUGAAUCGAUGUCAAGAGUCAAGCGUGUGCGUGCCUCGACUCCGCGGAAUUGCGUUCGGCCGUCUCCGUUGCAAUCGGUGGGCGGAGCAUGUCAGGGAUAGCAGGAGGGGUGCUUCCGGAAGAAA